GCAAGUGAGAGCCAGAGGGGCACUGGGCAACUCUGUGCCUCACUGAGGAAAAAUAACUAAACAUGGGCAAAGGAGAUCCUAAGAAGCCGAGAGGCAAAAUGUCAUCAUGUGCAUUUUUUGUGCAAACUUGUUGGGAGGAGCAUAAGAAGCAGUACCCAGAUGCUUCAAUCAACUUCUCAGAGUUUUCUCAGAAGUGCCCAGAGACGUGGAAGACCACGAUUGCUAAAGAGAAAGGAAAAUUUGAAGAUAUGCCAAAGGCAGACAAGGCCCAUUAUGAAAGAGAAAUGAAAACCUAUAUACCUCCAUCUCAGAAAAAAAAAAAGAAGUUCAAGGAUCCCAAUGCACCCAAGAGGCCUCCUUCAGCCUUUUUCCUCUUCUGUUCUGAGUAUUGCCCAAAAAUCAAAGGAGAACAUCCUGGCCUGUCCAUUGGUGAUGUUGGAAAGAAACUGGGAGAGAUGUGGAAUGACACUGCUGCAGAUGACAAGCACCUUUAUGAAAAGAAGACUGCCAAGCUGAAGGAAAAAUAUGAAAAGGAUAUUGCUGCAUAUCGAGCUAAAGGAAAGCCUGAUGCAGCAAAAAAAAGGGAGUUGUCCAGGCUGAAAAGGCAAGAAAAAGGAGGAAGAGGAGGAAGAUGA